AUGGCCCACUCAACCGACGAGAAACGCGCUCAAGAGAGCUACACAACCCCCUCCACCCAACCCUCGAUCAACAUCGCCACGACCGAAGACUACAGCACCGAAGGCCUUGCCCCGCAAGAUGGCCUCGGGUCCGCGGAGCCUCACAUCUUCUCGGACCCCGCGCGCGCGGCGUACUGGAGGCAGCUGUACGAGAAAUCCAAGUAUGAAGGCAGGGCCAGGUUCGACCCUGCGUUGACCUGGACUGCCGAGACCGAGCGACGUUUGAAAAUGAAAUUGGAUCUGAGGAUUAUGCUCUGGGUCUGGGUGAUGUUUUCGUCUCUGGAUCUUGUGAGGAGGAAUAUCAAUCGGGCUGUUUCGGAUAAUAUGGUUAGUGCUCUCCUCAUUGAAGGUGUCAAUAUGCUGACCGACCUAGCUCGACGACCUGGGCAUCAACACCAAGUACGCCCCUUAUACCCUACCCUUACCACCUCCUCUAACGACAACAGCGACUACAACACCGGCCAAACCGUCUUCUUCAUCUGCUUCCUCGGCGCGGAACUCCCUGGAAACCUAAUCAGUAAGAAGUUCGGGCCCGACCGGAUCAUUCCAAUCUGCAUCGUCCUCUGGGGCGUCGCAUGCUGCGCUCAGUCGGCCAUGACCGGUCGAGGGUCAUUCCUCGCCAUGCGCGCAAUCAUCGGGACACUGCAGGGUGGAUUCAUCCCGGAGAUGGUUCUCUAUCUCUCGUACUUUUACAAGAGCAAUGAGCUUCCAAUUCGGCUGUCGGUCUUCUAUACUGCGAUUCCCUUGACGCAGAUCUAUGGUGCACUGCUUGCUAGUGGACUACUUACCAUGAGGGGGAUUCGGGGGUGGGCUGGGUGGCAGUGGCUGUUCCUUAUCGAAGGCCUCAUUUGCAUCGUGGUAGGCUUCAUCAGCGCCGGUGUCAUGUCCACCUCGAUCAUCCAGCCAGCCCUCUUCUUCCGCCGCAAGGAUGGUUCAAACAAGUGGUGGACCGAAGAAGAAGAAAAGGUUCUCGUCAACAGACUCCUCCGCGACGAUCCGACCAAGGGUGACAUGAACAAUCGCCAGCCCGUCGGUUUGAAAGAUCUCUGGAGGGCCAUCUCCAAUGUCGAUGUUUGGCCGAUCUACAUCCUCGGCAUAACAGCCUGGAUCCCCUUCCAACCCGUCGCAAACUACCUCAGCCUAAUCCUCCGCGGAAUGGACUACACCGUCCUCGAAUCCAACCUCCUCGCAAUCCCCGGCUACGCGCUCUUCGCCAUAAACGUCCUGGUGGCCGGCUGGCUGUCGGAGAAAUUCAAAGAACGCUCCCUCGUCGCCUCCCUCAGCAACGUUUGGAUGCUUCCCUUCUUCAUCGCGCUCGUCUGCAUCCCCGACUCGUCUUCCCCCUGGGUGCGCUACGCGAUGCUCACGGGGAUCAAUGGGAUCCCGUAUACGCAUAGUAUUCUCGUUGGAAUGACUUCUGCCAACGCGAAGAACGUGGGCAUGCGUGCGGUCUCAACGGCGAUUUACAAUAUGUGUUAUCAGAUUGGGAGUAUUGUUGCGGUCAAUGUUUAUCGUGAGGAGGAUAAACCAUAUUAUCAUACGGCGAACAAAGCCCUCGUCGGCCUCUGCUCGGCGAAUAUCGCGCUCUUCGCCGGGAUGAAGCUCUUCUAUAUCUGGCGGAACAAGACCCGCAAGGCGCGCUGGGCUGCGUUGCCGCCGGCUGAGAAGAUUAGUGGGGUUGAUGGGAUGUACGUUCACUAA